AAAGAUUGAGAUUUGGGGUGCAAAUGGUGCAAUUUUCGGUGCAGCUUCCCGGCAUGUUACGGGGGUUAGGGUUGAGUGUGGUUGAGUGUCGAAUGAUGUAUUUAAGAAAUAUACACAUUAUUCCACCGUGACAGAGACAAGAGCCGAAUCCCAAAGCUGCAAGAGUUGCCAAUGCAAGAACCGGUCAAUACCUCGAUCUUAUGAACUACGAUACAUCCAUCAGAUCGAGCUGGCCCUGUGGACAUGGAGUGAGACUCGAGAGACUUGUGCAAGUGACACACACGAAUUCGAGACUGCCGGCCCGAGAUGCGUCUGCCGAGAAGGUUCGGAUUGCUGUCGUUUCUGAUAUUAUGGCGGUUGAUCAACGUGAUCCUGAUAAAGACUGUCCACGUGCCAGACGAGUACUGGCAGUCGCUAGAAGUGGCGCAUCGCCUGGCCUUCGGUUACGGAUACCUCACGUGGGAGUGGAGGACGAUGAUUCGCAGCUACGUGUAUCCAUUUCUCAUAUCAAUUCUCUAUCGGCUGCUCGCCAUCCUUUCCUUGGACUCCGCGCUGCUGUUGACGACGCUGCCCCGUGUCUUUCAAGCUAUCCUCGUCGCCUACUCGGAUUACAGAUUUUAUAAGUGGACCAGAAGCAAGUGGUUGCUGACCUUUUUGUGCCUGAAUUGGUACUGGUACUAUUGCGCCACGCGAACGCUGAUAAACUCAGUGGAGACUGCUUGCACCAUUAUAGCGUUGUCGAUAUUCCCGUGGAGAGAGAGCCACGUAAGAAGCGUAAAGUUCCUGUGGAUCGUGGGUUUUCUCUGCAUGGCGAGACCCACCGCUGCGAUUCUGUGGCUUCCCCUGUGCCUGUAUCAUAUUUGUACGAGCACGGGAAGGAGGAUAUUGAUCGGUCAAUACAUCUUAAUAUGUUUUACUUGCGCCGCCAUUUCUGUAUUAAUAGAUAGCUACUGUUACGGAACAUUCGUGAUAACCCCGUGGAAGUUCUUCCAGGUGAACGUGCUCGGGAACGUCGGAAGCACGUACGGCGUCAAGCACGCGUUAUGGUACAUCUAUGCCGCUCUACCAGUGUUGCUCGGGCCGCACAUCUUGCCGUUCAUGUUCGCCUGUUAUCUCAUAUUUAAGCGUCCCCUUCUUUACCCUCGAGAAUCGAUCAUGCUGAUAGUAAUCGGCUGGACUUUGUUCGUCUACUCGUUACUGUCUCACAAGGAAUUUCGAUUUAUCCUACCCCUUUUGCCGUUGUUAAUCUACACGAGCUUCACUUGUCUGAAUCGUUUGAGGGUCACGGCUGGCGUGCGUAAAUGGUACGUAGCGCUGAUGGUGCUCAGCAACGUCGUACCCGGCUUGUUCUUCUCCACCCUUCACCAAUGCGGCACGUUAACGAUAACGGAGGUCCUGCGAGGCGAGAUCACUCGCGCGAACGCCACGUCGGCGGACACGCUGAUCCUGACCCCGUGUCACAGCACGCCGUUGUACAGUCAUUUGCACGUGAACGCGACAGUAAGAUUUCUAACGUGCGAGCCUAAUUUGUACAAGAUCGAAGACUACGUGGACGAGGCGGAUCAGUUUUUCGCAAACGCGCCUGCCUGGCUCAGCGAUAAUUAUAUUAACAAUAAGAAAGUCACGUUACCGACUUAUGUGAUAGUAUUUGAUAACACUGCGAACGAAAUACCUGAAUUUUUACGUACGUAUAAGUUGAUUGCCAAAGUAUUUCAUACAUUUUUUCCAGAACAGAAUUAUGGAAAAAGUAUAUUAUUGUACAAGCAUAUAUAAUAUUUAUUUUAUAAUACACGUUAUGUAGUAAAUGAAAAUAUUUUUAUGAAAGUAAUAAUCUUUGACUCGAAGCAACCGUAAACCGAGAUUAUUCGAAUCAAACGAUUAACAUAAUUCUCUUCUGUAUAAUAAAAAUAUAUUGUACAGGCAUAAUAUUUAUUAUAUACGGUACAUGUCAAUUACGUGCAAUACAGUAAAUGAAAAUGUUUUUUAUCAAAGUGAUAAUCUUUGA